UUAAGGUAUGAGAGUAGAGGGGGCAACUUACAGAACAGUUGGUGGUGGUGCAGGCCCUAUAUGGUUAGAUGACAUGGCGUGUGAGGGAAGUGAGACAUCGCUUUUCGAAUGUAGACACAGAGGCUGGGGAAGCCAUACCUGCAGCCACAAUGAGGAUGUUGGUAUCACCUGCGGUGGCUUAUUAAGUACAGCAAGUGUUAACAAAGUGUCUACUUUGAAACACGUGUCCCUAGUUAAUACAACUCUUGGACUCUACAUCACAGGAAUCAUGCCGUCCAUAUUUCACGACAUAGAAUCAUUUGGUUCCAGUCAGAAUGGAAUCACCUUCGAUGAACCUGAUGUGAUAGGAAAUGCAUCAAAGGUUUUGCUGGAAAAUAUCAAAACAUCUGGGAAUCAUGACAAUGGUUUGGUUUGGAAGGAGAACUCUUACAGAAUGUCCAACGUUGAAUUUGUUAAUAUAAAGUCCACGAGAAACCAACAAUUUGGGCUAUAUUAUACUGGUUCGUAUCAGAGCAUAUCAGUGACUAACAGUGAAUUGACUGACAACAUAUAUGGAGCAGUAUAUUCUUCUCUUUCAACAUCAUCACUGAACAUUGAGUCUUCAGAAAUAUCAAGAAACACACACGGAGCCCUAUACUCAAAACCAGCAUUCGACUCGGAGUUUAACUGUACUGUAAGAGAUUGUGAUAUUGCUAACAACGGUAUUGUCUCAGACACAUCAAACAGUACAUUUUACUUCAGCCCAAUUGGACAAAAAUACAACGGUGUGUUUUUUCUGAACAACAGAUUCAUUCAAAAUACUGGAGGAAGGAUGGUACAUUAUUAUGGUCAAAGAGGAUAUAGUAGUCAACAUGUUGUCAUUUUGAGCAAUAACACACUGUUUGAAAACACAGGAGUCGCGUUGUAUAUGGAAUAUAUUGGUAACAAUGCUAGACUAUCAUUUCAUGACAACCAUAUUGAAGGGAACAAUGUAAAUCCUGCAGCAUCAGGAAAUGAUGCAUAUAUGUUUUAUGGAAGAUUUUACGAAGGAGGAUCAUUUAACCUCGACUUGGAGAGAAAUGUUGUUGUUAACAACACAGGCGGAAGCCUUCUGAAAAUUGCACCAUACUACCAUUGGAAUAAUCCUACCCGAAGUAUGAAAAUUAGGUUGGAGUACAAUGUGUUGGAAAAUAACCAUGUUUCAACAUCCAUCGAUUUAAGUCAGAAGAUUUAUGGUGUAAAAGCUCACAACAAUGUAUUGUAUAACCCUAUGGCAGUUCAUGAAGUAAGCUCGGCAACAAGAAAACCAUUAAUGGUAUAUCACUUUGAACACAAUUACUGGGGACCAAGAAACUUUAGUGAAAUACAGAAAUCAUUAUACAGUCACCACGACGACAUCAAUUUGAAUCGACUAUUUAUUCACCCUUUCACAACCAACCGUGAAUUAACCGAGUUCAAUGAAGAUAGCGAAGCUGACUUUUUGGAGACAUCAGUGUUUGGAGGUGAUGUUGUUCAGAAUGUUGUUGUGGAAUAUAGAACAGAGGCAUAUUAUGUGAAGCGAUCCAUAUAUAUAAGGUAAGGUUAGUUUGUAAUAUACAGUAAUAAGUUGUUUAGGAUGUAAUGUCUGAUUAGAUCUAACAGCAAGGCAUGUUAUUGUAAUGUAAAACGAAGAG